AUGCAAGAUGAACCGUCACUUCUUUCCCCCGUGUCUCAAGAUAAUCGUGCCUACGUCACUCCACUUUUCUUGGCGUUGCCUAUCAACAGCCAACAUGAUGGACUCCUUUCGACGGAAUUCUUGAAAGAUUCCACCUUACAAAAGGUUCGUGAACAGUUGCCAUUGACUCCAGAGGAGAAGAAAGACAUAGAGUACGCAGAAUUGAGCGAGUACAAGAAAUUCAGAAGCAUGGGCUAUGAUGAAGUCACCAACUCUCUACAGGCAAUGCUCCUACGAAACUAUCGGCUGAGGAAGAACAAAGUGAAAAUGACAGGGCUGUUCCGAAACAAAGAGACUAAUCUUUCACAAAUACUUUUUCCUGGAAGUCGUCCUAAAAUUUACCACAAGGAUAUAACAAUGGUGCCAACAGGGAAUUUGAUGAAGUCUAGAAUGAAUCUGGCCAUGUACGAUAUUUCAGAUCAUCCGGCAUUUGCCAAUACUAAAUACGCUCCAUGUCGUCCAACUGUCAUGGGCGCCAAGGUGGAAGGCUACGGUUCUGCUUUCAAAGAGAUGCCGUUUAAUUUUAUGCUCAAGAGAACUGUACAGUGUGCACCGAUAGUGACAACAGAAAUCUCUCCCGAGGAUCUCAGUUUCUUGCGUCAACUGGUGAGAGAAAAGUAUCGCAUGUAUUUUCAAUUGGACGAUCUUCCAGUCUUGAUGAGGAGCAGAGAAUUGAAUGUUGCCUCCAAGGGCGUGCCUAUCGGUUUUAUGGCGUCACCAGAAAUGAAUGGACUGGUCGGCAGCACAAGCCACAACGGUCCUCGGAGCAACGAAAACAAGUAUUACCUUUACAAUCAUUUCAAAUUUACAGUGACAUAUCACGAAAAUCCAAAGGAGCAUGACGGCGUGCAUAUUACUCGUUUCGAUAUUCACCCAUUCAGUUUCAAGUAUGAUGGAAAGUUCCCAAACUGUGAUGAAAAGCCGUCCGAAAACGAUCCGAAUACCUUCCUUGCCCUUGAAGAUAUCAAGAGUCACAAGCACCAGACUGUUACAUUUUCCUAUGAUGUCCAAUGGGUUCGUUCCGAGUAUUUGAAAUGGGAGGAUCGAUGGGAUGUUUACUUUGUUGGUAUUCCAGACAGCAAUUUCCACUACUACAGCAUUAUCAACUCGGCAAUUUCUGUACUAAUCCUGGCUUCUAUCAUUGCUUGGAAGUUGUAUCGAACAUUUCGCUGCGACAUGGUGGGAGGGUCAAAGAAGAACAACGGCUGGAAACAACUUCAUGCAGAUGUUUUUCGACUUCCUCCAUCACCAAUGAUACUGUCCGUUCUAGUUGGGGAUGGAGUGCAUCUUUUGGUCACCGCAAUCCUGACAAUGGUGUUGAACGUGCUUGGAUGGAUCAGCACUAUGGAAACGGGAGACGUUGUGAAUGCUUUUGUCUUGAUCUACGCACUCGUUGGAGCAAUUGGGGGAUAUACAAGUACAACAGUGUACAAGCUAUGCGGAGGAAAGAACUGUCGCAAAAAUGCAUUGGUGACAUCCACUUUGCUAUCUGGUUUGAUUGUGAUUGCAUUCUGUCUUUUCAAUCAGCUAUCCAGCAUGAUGGGAUCGUCAGCCGAUUGGUUCAGUGUGGUGGAACUAGUUUUGUUGUGGGGCUGCGUUUCAGUUCCACUUGUACAACUGGGUGCCAAAAAGGGUGAUCAGGUUGCUUGUUUUAUCGAGUUUCCAACAAAGCCGAGCGGUGAUGUUCGGCCCAUUCCAAAAUCAAAAUGGGCCAAGUUCAAAUGGCUCAGCCCGAUGUUAUCCGGCAUUAUGACCUUUGGUGUAUACUUUGUGGAAUUGCAGUUUAUCAUGAGUGCCAUUUGGGACCGACAGACCUAUCUCGGUCUCGGAUACUUGCUGACGCAGACAUUUCUGGCGAUAAUCACAUGCGCCGAGUGCUGUGUUUGUUUCUGUUACCUUCAAUUGAAUGCAGAAGAUCACCAAUGGUGGUGGCCUUCGUUUCGAAGUGGUGCUGCAGUAGGUGUCUACUUGGCGUUGUAUGCCCUGAUGAUUUGGUUUGAUCGCUUGGGACUGGAAGGAUGGUACUCCUUUGUAUCGUUCCUGACAUGUAUGUUGUUGGCAUCCCUUUGCGUUGGCAUUGCGUUUGGAUCCAUUGGAUUCUUGUCCUGCCUUUAUUUCACGCGAGGGAUGUAUGGCACUAUGACAUCCGAAAUUUGA